AUGGCUACACUGACUGAACUUCAACCGUUCAUCAAACGCACAACAUCAGCAAGUUUAUCACAAAAACACUAUCCACUUGUACAUGUUCUCACGUCUAAGCCAGAGAAUAGUGAUGAGAAGAAAGAAGAACCAUUUGAUUUCGAAAAGACAAUUAAGUUUUUAACCGAUCCACAUGCGUCACAUCUCAUCGAUCGAAGAAUUCGCCAAUUACAAAAACUGUAUCGACAUCAUAAAAAUGGAUAUAUUCUUCGGGAUUUACACUACUUGAUGAAGAUCUUCAAUAUUCUGGCUGACCUUUGCCAAGAUCAACCAAAUUAUAUCGAUACAUUCGUAGAACUCUUACGAAACUGCUCGAAACCAUUUCUACUCGAUAAAUCAACCGACGCGGAAAUCUAUUCAUCAGCUCUAAUCGCGUUCUACUCAGAUUUCGGUUAUCUCCUUCGUGUACCAAUACAACGUAUUCAAAAGUGUAUACUCGAGACCGUGUUCAAAACCAUUCAAUCGUCGAAUAAAUCACCGAUACCUUCAGAUAAUUACGAUGGUUUGAAACCAGCAGCAGUGGAAUAUCUUCUUCGUAUUCAAUGCAACAGUGAUCUUUGUGAAACACUAGUGAAAACACUUUCAUUGGUAGAAAACGAUCCGUCGUUAAGAAUUUUAGUUGUUAAACUAUUGCAAAUUUUCUCUUCAAAAUCGCCUGAAUGUGUCGCGAAAAUGUUAACACAUGAUUGCGUCAAUCGAUUAGUUUUAAAGAUUAAUGAUACAGAUUCGACUGGAGAAUUGUUAUUUCGUACGAUUGAAACACUUUGGAAUAUUCUUGAACAUGGUGAUGAAGAACAAAUCAGUGAUCAACUCAAUUCGCGUGUUACGAUAAGCCUUUUACAAGAGGCAUUUCUCGGUCAAAUUACUCAAAGUCAUAGUCAAUAUCAUCGUCAAUUACGAAAUGAUAUUCUUGUUGUUUGUUCGUUAAUUAUUGGCCUCAAACCAGAUGCUCCAGUUGUCGAAACCGGAUUUGCUAAACAAUUACUUCUCUUUGCUUCAUAUCCUGAAUUACGAAGCAAUAGCCCAUUGGUGAAAAACUUCAAACUAACUGCUUCACAGGAAGAUUUCGAAUUUAAAAAACUACUUUUCAACACAGUCGUCGUUCUUAGUCGAAAUCCUGCAACACAUCAAUUAAUGAUCGAUAGUCGACUAUUACUGGCACUCUUAUCGUAUGUCGAACCAUUACCACGAAAAACUCCUCCUGGAACGGUUUUGGAAUGGUCUUUAGCUCAAGUCGAAGAACUCCAGUUACACGCAAUCGCCGCCCUUUCCAUUCUUUUGCCGUUAUCACUGAAUGAAUACUUCGAAUAUCAUGUUGGAACACGAUUGUUACUGUUUUAUGAAUGGACUAUUAGCGAAGACGAAUAUCAAAGUCAAGGAAACAGUUUCUUUGGAAAAGGUGGUCGAAAUAAUAAACGUUCACAAUUAAGAUACAUUCUUCGAUUAUUUCGAAGUAUCGUGUCAACAAGAGAUGAACGUGUGCAAGUUGAUUUAUCCGAUCAAGGAAUUAUUCCAUCGAUAACUGGAUACUUAAGACGUAUAUCGCAGCAGAAAUCCAUGCAUAUCGAUCAGUUGGAUUUAGAUGUUAUCUGUGAUGGAUUAUUCAUUCUCAGUUGCCUUUGUGAAUUAGAUGUGCAUAGAAAAGAAAUUUUUGGAUCAGAAGGUAUUGAAAUGCUCAUACAGUUACUACUAGUUGAAGCACAAUAUGUUUGCGGCGGUCUUGGUUACCAUCGUUUAUUAGUUGCUGCGAUCGAUUGCGUCUGGUGUUGUGUAGUUGGCAGCGUUAUUAACGAAGAUGAAUUCAUUCAAAAACAAGGCAUUUUUGCUUUGCUUGAUCUAAUCGAAUCCAAUCCGAAGUCUUUACAAAAUAUCGUUCUCGGUUGUGUAUUGGAUCUUACCGAUAAUAGCAAAUGUCUACAUUUUAUAAUGGCAUGGCAAGGACGGAAACAGCAACAGUUUACACAUGUUCUAUGCGAAUUGUGGCGAGAUGAAGAACGUGAAAUCUAUGUUGCUCGAACGGAAAAAGGUGUCAUUGGUGAUCAUACCAAACCAUUGAUGGGUCUUCUCCAACAGACAGUUCCAAUAAUUCCACUCACUCGAUUGGAACCAUCGCGAGCCGUUUUAGAUUUAAUCGAUAACAUGCGAUCGAAAAUCUAUGGAUUCUUCUGUAAAUUAGGUUUUACAGAAUUGCCAGGCUUACACGAAGAAGAUUUUGUGACAUUAUGCAUCAUUGAAAACUUCUUGGACUUCAAAAUGGGCGAAGUUUGGCAAGAAAUCGUUACUGAAUUGGAUAUCGAGGGUGUGAAAUUGAUUGCACCGGACGGUGAAGCUACGGACACGAUCAUGCGAGCGACAGAAGAACGUGGCUUAGCUGUCGUGGCAACACAAAACUACAUUCUCGAACAGUAUCAUAAACAGGAUAUACAAAUCGAGAAAGUAUUUUACAAUGAUAUCGUACAAAAUCAUGUAUACAAAGAAAAACAAACCGACGCAUGGAAAUCCUUUGUUGCACGUACAUCGAAAUAUCCACUACUUGUGGCGGCGAAGGAUUAUCAGAAUCAAGCCAUCCGUCAAUCAAGACCGGAAGAAAAAGAUUAUUCAGGUUAUCAUACAGUGCAUAAUCUCGAAAUUCCGAAUUUAUCCAUUACCGCAUUUCCUGGACGAUAUUUACAUAUUCAGAGUACACCUAUGGAAUUGAUGAGCAAACCACCCGAAUUAGAAUUGUCAUCAUAG